ACGGAGCAACUCGCUCUCUUCCGAAACAGUCUUCCUCUGGUGUGUAUCGGGCGAGUCAGCACGCUGGCCAGGUCGUCGGAAAACGGCUGUGUUUGUGCGUGUGUGUCGUUGUGUUUGUGAGUGUGUGUGUGUCGGUGUCGCAGCACCAUGCCAAGGUCUUUCCUGGUGAAAAAGGUGAAACUUGAUGAUUUCACUCAUGAUUUGGGGAAUGUCUACCGGCACAGGACAGACCUCAGCCUGCGGCUCCAUAACAAAGCUGGUUACAUCAGUGACUACAUCAGCCCCGUCGUGUACGAUGGUGAGAGUGACGGUGGGCUCAAGGUGCCCUCCCCCGAGCCCCCCUACGAUGGGGUCCACAGUGAAUACGGGGCCCCUGACUCCGAGUCCCCUGACAGUCCUAGCUCAGAAAUCACUGACGGCUACAUCAACGGGGACGCUGCGGUGAGCGACGGUUACUCAGUCGACGCCUUCUUCAUCAGCGAUGGCCGCUCGAGGAGGAAAGCCAUCAGCAGCCCCCGGACCAUCCAGAGGCACAGCUGCAACGAGUGCGGCAAAACCUACGCCACGUCUUCCAACCUGAGCCGGCACAAACAGACACACCGCUCGCUGGACAGCAAGAUGGCGAAGAAAUGUCCGACCUGCUCGAAGGUGUACGUGUCCAUGCCCGCCAUGGCCAUGCACCUGCUCACUCACGACCUCAAGCACAAGUGUGACGUGUGUGGGAAAGCCUUCAGUCGGCCGUGGCUUUUACAGGGCCACAUGCGCUCUCACACGGGCGAGAAGCCGUUCGGAUGCGCCCACUGCGGGAAGGCCUUCGCCGACCGCUCCAACCUGCGCGCUCACAUGCAGACCCACUCGGCCUUCAAGCACUUCAAGUGUAAACGCUGCGACAAGACCUUCGCGCUCAAGAGUUACCUGAACAAGCACUACGAGUCCGCCUGCUUCAAAGGCCCCUACUCUCCUCUCGGCCCCCUCGAUGCAUGACCCCCUGCAUAGAUAAAACACAAACUGCAGACAUAGAUUACCAUUAUUCUUACAGACUGAACUGCAGACACAAACAAUCUAUUUUUGGUCAGAAUAUG